UGGAGACGUUACUUUAGCAUGUAGAGUACAGUGCAGGGAACUCGGUCUAUGGAUAUCAACAGGAGCGCUUUCCCGCUGAAAAAGCAUCUUAAAGUUGAAAACAACACACACAAAGUCUUCCGGGAUAUAUUCAUGGUGUUUUUUCCUAUAAAGUACAAGUACCCUACAUGCUAAAGACCAAUGGUGUUUGAUGUUUUUGCGCAUCUGCUCACAUGCGCUAAUUUGUCUUGUGUUUUGCCCACACAAAUGCAACAAAGGGGUCUGACAAAGGCUUAUUCCCAGGUAUCUCUGAUACGCCUAAUCCAUCAAUGGCCGGCAAACAAAAAGGCAAAGCAUUUCAGUGUUUUGCUCGUUUAUUGUUAUGUUACAAAAGGCAUCAAGCGAUUGGUGAAUAGUUUCGGGAGUUUGUUCGAGGUCGCGGAACCUCUGAUCGUGUUUUUUUUUGGUUCUUGAUGUCACUUGAUUCAUCCAAGCUAGGAAUGGACAUCUGUUAAAUCCGUUUUAAUGUAAUCAGUGACUCAAGGUGAAUUACUCAUGCGUUCCGAUAAUCGAUUUGCUAGCGAUGCUCCACUACCUUUCCCGAGGGUUGUGAACAUGCUUUGUGAAAUUCCGUCAUACAUCAACCUGUUCUAAAAGCCUCCGCGACGAGUGAUCUGGUGCCAGAAACUCACUUAGAACGAGCUGGAAGUUGACAUCAGAAGGCAACUGAAAAAAAAGCUAGAGAGAAACAUUCAUGUGAAGGAAGGUAAAGAGACAAUGAACGGGAUGCUAGAACUCAGUGACCCGGCCUCGAGCUUUGGACGCGCGUUUGGGGACGAAGGCGAUGAGCUGAUGAAGAUCCCUGAGGAAGAGGAAAGGGACUGGGACGAGUGCAGCUACAGUGAUUCGGAAAGCGAUAGCAGCUGUUCUACUUGCAGCACGUGCUCGUGCGAUAUGUACGUGGGGGAUGGGGACGGGGAGGAGUUGUAUAGGUGUGUAGAAUAUACCAAGCAUCGUGGCUAUAGACCGCCUGACCAAGGAGUCACGAUCAAGCCCAAUUCUGAAACACAAAACGGAGUAACUACAAUAAUACCACAUAAAAUCCACGCAGCUAGCUCAACAGGGGGCGUGGUAGGGAGGCAUACUCAUCUGCAGAGCACUGAGAAUAAUAUGUAUUUCACAAAGACGGAUAACAUAAUAGUGGAGAGCUCGGACGGGGGUAGGCCUGUGUACUGGUGUACCACCAUGCAUUGCGACAGCUCCGGUUCCGAUCGCGAGAGACUGUCCUCUGACUCGCAGCCAUCCUCCGAUUUCAGAAACAGACGUGAGAGAGUCGAUUCCAGCUCUGAGAUCAGCAGUAGCGGGUAUUACUCCGAAAACGGGAUAUCGGGAAAGCGCAAACAAAAGAAAAAAGUCACUUUCGUAGAAUCAGCGCCAAACCUUGAAUUGCAAACUCACAAUGCUAAAACUUCCCCUAAAUCAAACCAAAUAGACAUAGUAAAACUAGACAACUGCAAUGAGGUUUCUAGUUGGACGCACAAACUACUAAAGGGGAAGAUAGUGACAAUUAACGAUGUGGAGCAGCUCUCAAUUUCGGGUUCGUCAGAUAACAGCUCUCGGGGGAGUACCUGUAACGCGAUAAAAACAGACAAACGACUAUCUUUAAGAAACGUCGAAAGAUUUUCAAUUGUAAGCUCAUCUGGCAAUACCACUCGAGGCAGUAUUAGCGAUAAUAAAAGGGAGAGUAUGCCAUCGUUGCAAGGACACGCCCAAACAGAGUCCAAGAAAGCAUUCAGAGGCGGUCAUUUUAACUCAAGGAAGAACAACAGAAUGGACUUUCACUCUCGGAAAGACGAACCAAAUAAAAGGUCGGCGGAACAAGGCGGACUUCAGUCCGAGUAUUCAAGAUUGCGGCUCGUUCUAUCGCAUAUCGAUCCUUACAAAUUACACUCCGCAUUACGCUGUCAACUUAAGCGCAGAAACAAAGAUGUGGUGCGAGCUUUGGGACUUCUGUUGCCACAAGAGUCUUACACAACCGACACCAUCCACUGCGUAAGGUGCCACAAAGAAUACAACCCAAGUUACGGAAACACCCGAUGCGAGCUCCCACACCCCCCAGGCGCCAUAGUGAGGCUAUCCCAAGAUGCUGAGGGCGCUGACUACAGCUGCACGGUUUGCGGGCAUGAAUACCGUCUAAUUGGGUGCUGGGACGUGAAGCUGAAUAUCGAAAAGCAUUCUGGGAUGUGUUAUAUCGGGACGCACACGCCGAAGGUAGAAGAAGUUUGCUACGUUCCGACAGGACCUGCAAGGACUUGUGAAGAUAAAGGCUGCAUUGAAUUCUAUGUUUAGAUGAGUUUAGGUCAUCGUUAUCGUGCAAUAAGAGUGCGCAAAGGUGUGAGGUCAGUUUUGAAUGCGGCCAUAACAUAUCAACCUGCAAAAGUACAGCCGGGUGUGGGGUACUCUGCUAGAAGUGUUUUCCCCUGUUUGUUGCUAGCACUUUCACUUAUCCGUGCCGCAUCUCAGUUUUUUUUUUUUCGCGUUUUCGUUUGUUUGUCCGUAGACCCGACUUGCGUUUGUUCUGAAUAUUCAAAAAUAUCAUCACAUUUUUAAAAUUAAUUCCCUGUAUUUUUGAUCACCGUGAUUCAAGCGGAUUUAACUACUGAGAUGAGCAUCUCAUUUGCAUGAGGUUUCAUAGUGCGAAAGUACGCGUCACGCAUGUUGGACCCACGGGCUUUAACCUACGAUAACGGUGUGCUAACAGAAAAAAAACUGUAACAACAAUGUAAGAAAAACAACAACAACAACAACAACAACAAUGUAAGAAAAACAACAACGACAACAACAAUGUAAGAAAAACACAAUGAUGCAAGAAUCUAAUGCGAUUUCAAUUUUUUUUGCCAGCUAUUCGUUGUAUUUUGUACCCAAAGUAGUACCCAUACAGUAGAUGGCCAGUAGAGUUUUAUGCAUAAAAGUAAAUUAUUUAUAUAUUGAAUUCAUAUUUGUAAUACCUGUCAUAAAUGUAGAAAACAGAGCUUUAUAAAGUCUUUCAAUAAAUUCUUCUAAUAACUAUCA